AUAAAUUGCAAAUUGACGUGCGUGUUGUUGCUCGUUAAAGGUCAUCUAUCAGCUAAAUCAGGUUUGCGAAUUUAUGAAUGGUACCGCAAACGCGCGCGCAGAUGGCGACGCGCCACGCCGCUCCAUUACCUCAUCGCGCGUAACGCACGUGCGUCACACGCGUCGAACGUUUACGCGUGGCACUUGUUAGCGGACAGUUUCGUGCAUUUUUCUCGGAGCCUCCGUUGUCCGAAAGUGUAUAAUAAAUACAAAUUAAAUCCUUGUUACGACGAUUAAUUGGAAGAGGUAUGUACCUGAACGGAACUUGCAUCUUGGUGAAAAACUGGGACGCAGAAACGCAUUCUGUCUGUGAACAAAAGAGUCUCGACUCAGCCCAGACAAUGCGGUGUCGAAGGACGGAUGCGUUCUGUGGAUUAUGUCGUGUAAUUAGAACAUGCAAUUAGAACGAUCUAGAAUGUAUCUAGUAAAUAAUUCGAAAUUCAAGAUUAAUUUUCUUUAACGGAAAAGAAGUUUAAAAAAAAUUACAUAUUAUAUAUAUAAUGCUGUGUUUAAAUUAUUAAUUACGUAAAAAUUCAAUAACAUUCAAUCGCGAGUUUUAAUUUACGAAAUAAAUUUAUAGUGAGAUACAACCUGGUAAUUCUUCUUGUUAAGGCUUUUGAAAUAAUAUUUAUUUUGUAAAUUAUACAAUUAAUAAUAUAAAUUAUUUUAAACUUAAUCAAUCACACUUAACACUGACUGAUAAUUAUUCUAGCGUAAGUAAAGAGUUAUAUAUAUUGUGACUUAAUAAAAAACCAUUUAAUAUAGUGACUUAAUAGGAUUUACAUUAAUUACGUGUCAAGGGCACGCGCCGCGAUUACGCGAUAAUGUUUCGGGCAGCGCGUCCUGACGGAUUGAGAGCGACAGGAUCGACAUUGGUUGUUGUAUCCCUUCUUUGCACAAGUGCUUCUUUCUUCUUCAUCUCGUUCCUCGAUAAGCUUUCGAACGAACGCGGAUCGCCCGCACGCUCGGCUGGGGGCCUCAGUCAAAGGAAGAGGUGACAAGAGGGGUACGCGAGCGCGCGCCUCUCGGGGAGAGAGGGAGGAGUAGAGGACCCCGCACCGCCGAUCGCAAGCGAUAUAUGAAGGCGAAACUCGCGCACGUCGCCCAGAAACUCUCUCACGUGGUGUGCACCACUCGCGGGUAGCGUAGGAAGUGCGGUCUACCGCUUUCCGUGGCUCAUCGACGUGCCGGGGUGUUUUCCGAGUCUCACCCUUUCCACGUUGUGCGAAUACACCGCUGUCGUCAAGGGUCGGUGAAAAAAAGGAGACCCACGUGAAGGAGGUCGUCGAGGAAGUGGAGAACGUCAAUUUUUCCAGGGUGCUCGAGAGAAAUUCGAAGUGGUGACUCGGGAGUGAUUUCUUAUCGAAGUGAUCAUGAGCAAACCGUGGAAAGGCAUGAAGGAGUUCGUUGGCCUGGAGGAGGUCACCAAACUCGACUUCCUGGUGAUGUUGUUCGCCGAGAUCCUGGGCACGUUUCUGCUGGUCCUCAUAGGCUGCGCUUCCUGCAUCUCGUGGAUAGUGGCGAUGCCACCGAAUGUCUUGCACAUCGCGUUUACCUUCGGCCUCGCGGUAGCAAGCCUGGCGCAGGCUCUGGGUCCAAUUUCCGGCUGUCACGUAAACCCGGCUGUGUCGCUCGGUCUGUUGAUCAGCGGAAAUUGCAGUCUUCUCAAAACCAUUUGUUAUAUGGUCUGCCAAUGUUGCGGUGCUAUUGCGGGAUCCGCUGUUCUCAAGCAAAUUAUACCUAAAGCACAAGCUGCUCAAGGCCUAGGCGCCACCGCGUUGCAUCCCGACGUGACCGCGGGUCAGGGCGUAGCCCUGGAAAUAAUUAUCACGUUCCUGUUGGUGUUGAUCGUCCACGCCGUCACGGACCCCAAGAGGACCGACGUGAAGGGCUGGGCCCCGCUCGCGAUUGGCUUGACGAUCGCGGUAGCCCAUAUGGCGGCGGUGCCCAUCACCGGCAGCAGCAUGAACCCCGCCAGGAGUCUGGGCCCGGCCGUGGUAGACGACAAGUACGUGAAUCUAUGGGUUUACUGGGUAGGCCCGCUCGUCGGCGGCGGCAUCGCCGGUUUCGUGUACAGAAUGGGCCUGAGAGGCAACAAGGACGACGAUGAGGGUUCGUACGACUUCUGAGGACUACUUCUAAAUCCGACGGACACGCGAGAUGGACUUUAAUAAUAUCUCACGAAGACGAGAGGUCUCCUAGGUGUAAAUAAAAAAGUAGAAUUGUGAGGAUGAUGAUGAUGUAACGAUCGCGAAACGGUUUCGCGAUCCUUGCAUUCGUUGCAUUUAACAAGAUUAUGUUUGCGAGGGAUUUGCAAGGAAUAUUUCUGAAUUGAACGCUGCUGGUUAAAGAAUAUCGACACAUUAAAGAAGGAAAUCGUUUAUCAAAUUUAUUUCACUGUAAAUUUUCUCUUUUGCAAAUUUUAUUUAUACACAACAAUCUCUUUAUAAUUUUGUUUUAUUUUAUAUAGAAAUCUGUAUUAAUUUUUUCAUAUCUACAUUUAGUAUCACAACAACAAACAAAUAUUGUUUAGUUUAGCAUAGAGCCUUUAAUUGACAGCGCUUAAUCAGCAAAAGCCUCCAAAAGCAGAAAUACAUCGACAUUAUUGCGUAAUAUACAAAAUGUACAAAAAAUUUUGCAAAAUAUUAUAUUAAUAUUAAUAUCUCGGUAAUGUUACUAAAUAUUACUGCGGAACAAGAGAUGUGUAUGAUAUCAUUACAGAAAUAAUGCAUAUGAUAUGAUAUUGAAGCCCUUCCUCAAAGAUUCCCUUUCUCUUAAAAAAUUAGUAAAAGUAUUCUUCUGAAACAUACAGAGAGAUUUCUUCAAUCAUUACUAUUAAUAUAGUGAACACCGAUAUCAAGAUCAUUUAUCAACAUCCUUGUCUUGUAUGAAUCUUACAUCUGCUAUUUUGUACAUCGCCAAUCUGAGUUUUUGUAUAUAUUAUUAAUUUAUGUAGCGAUAUACCGAACGUAUUAUCUAUCGACUUAGUAAAGUGUAACGUAGUUUAGCAUUUAAUUAGUUUAUAACAGCGCAUCGGAUGACAACAUUAACAAAUAUACUCUUUACCAUUAG